GCGAAGAGUAGCUCAGAAUACCCCACACUCCUGCACUAUGUCGCACGAGUCCUUUUUCGUACCGACCCGUCACUUACACUUUUCAUCGAUGAGAUGCCCAGUGUGGAAUCAGCUGCCUGCAGCAAGUGGCAGUUUCAUCCGACAUUUUUUGGAUCAAUCUUAUUCGUCCCAUAGUCUCCUUCCCAACGUUACAGCAGAAUGUGCAGUCUUUUACUCACGUCACUGGAUAAGGUCAAAGAAGAAAUAAGUCCGCUAAAGCAGAAUCGCACACCUUCCGAUAAUGACCAAUUAGUGACAAUCACGCAGCCAUUUUCCCUCAAAGUGGCCGAAAGCGCCGUCGCCCUUAAUAAGAUGGCUGCCCUCGUUGAAAUGGACUUACUUCUCUUACUAUGGCCAAGACCUAGAUCUGUCCAGUUUCACAUUUCCGUGGUUUAUCGCCACGCAGACCUCCAAGGGACCACAUGAUCCCUCACACAACUCACUCGUACCCCCUGCCGACACGCACGAACGUUCAACAUCUAUUGGUCGCGGUGACCUCGAUGAAGCUAUCCGUACUUCGAGAGAUUCGAGAGAAGGUCGCACUAGGAGAUCUCGAGCUCCUCGUUCCAUCACCAGAGCAAGCAAGAUAAUCCUUGAUGGACGACCCGA